GCCAUAUAUAAACCCUGGCGACCCAUGAGUCCGGAGCGAGAGAAGAUCGAGGACAAAGCUUCAUCUCAACUUCCAAGGAGCCCUUGGAGCCUCCAGGAUGGAUGUCGAGAUGAAGGGGUCAGACUCGAGCCAGGAGAUGCAGGGCUCCGUGCUCAGUUUCCACGACAUCGGCUACAGCGUCACCCUGUCUAGUGGCCCUCCCUGGCAUCGCUCGUCCCAACGCAAGGACAUCCUGGUGAACGUGAGUGGCCUCAUGAGGCCAGGAAUGAAUGCCAUCUUGGGACCGACCGGCAGUGGAAAAUCUUCGCUGCUCGAUGUGCUGGCCGAUCGGAAAGACCCCUCGGGGCUCACGGGCGAGGUGCUGCUCAACGGGGACCCCCUGCCACACGACUUCAAGUUCAUAUCGGGAUACGUGGUGCAGGACGAUGUGGUUAUGGGCAGCCUGACCGUGAGAGAGAAUUUCCAGUUCUCGGCCGCGCUGCGUCUCCCGACGUCUGUGAGCCACACGGAGAAGGAGCAGCGCGUGGAGAGAAUCAUCUCGGAGUUGGGACUCACCAAGGUGGCCGACUCCAAGGUGGGCACGGAGCUGGUGCGGGGCGUGUCGGGCGGGGAGCGCAAGCGAACGAACAUCGGCAUGGAGCUCAUCACGGAUCCCUCUGUGCUCUUCCUGGACGAGCCGACCACGGGACUUGACUCCAGCACCGCCAGCGCCGUGCUGCUGCUGCUGCGCCGGCUCUCCCGCCGCGGCCGCACCAUCAUCUUCUCCAUCCACCAGCCGCGCUACUCCAUCUUCCGCCUGUUUGACAGCCUCACGCUGCUUGUGAGCGGCCACACGGUGUACCACGGCCCCUCGUCGAAGGCCAUCAUUUACUUCAAGUCCAUCGGCUACGAGUGUGAGCCGUUCAACAACCCGGCCGACUUCUUCCUGGACGUUCUCAACGGAGACUCCACGGCGGUGAUGGCAACUGCAGACACGGCCGUCGACACCGCAGACGCGGCAGCGGGCGCCGGCUCCGUGUGCAAGCACCUCGCCGAGAGCUACGCGGCGUCGUUCUUCUGCCGGGACGCGGAGUCCGCCCUGCGCGCCAUCGAGCUCCGGGGCUCGGAGUCGCACGGCGGAGACGGAGGCGACGGCAAGAAGAGGAAGGGGAGGGUGGGUCGCGCGCUGGCGAGGGACAAGUGCGCCACCUCGUUCCUGCACCAGUUCGCGUGGCUCAGCAAGCGCAACGUGAAGAACCUCAUCGGAAACCCGCAGGCCUCGCUGGCGCAGGUCGUGGUGACGUUGGUGCUGGGGCUCGUGGUGGGAGCGCUCUUCUUCGACGCGAAGCUGGACAACGCGGGCAUCCAGAACCGGAUGGGCUCGCUGUUCUUCAUGAUCACGAACCAGAUGUUCGGGAGUCUCUCAGCCAUCGAGCUGUUCGUCCGAGAGCACAAGAUCUUCAUCCACGAGUACGUGAGCGGGUACUACCGCGUGUCCGCGUACUUCUUCUCCAAGAUUCUCUCCGACCUCAUCCCCAUGCGCACGAUCCCCGGCAUCAUCUUCUCCUGCGUCACCUUCUGGAUGAUCGGAUUCCAGGCGCGAGUGGACAAGUUCUUCAUCUACAUGCUCACGGUGGUGAUGACCGCAUACGGCGCCGUGAGCCUGGCUCUCGCCGUGAGCGCUGGCACCAGCGUUGUAGCCGUUGCCAACGUCUUCAUCACCGUCUGCUUCAUCUUCAUGAUUCUUUUCUCCGGGUUCCUGGUGAACCUGCCCAGCGUCAUGUCGUGGCUGAGCUGGCUGCAGUAUCUGAGCAUCCCUGGCUACGGAUUCACGGGCCUCCUCAUUAACGAGUUCACGGGACUCGAGUUCCUGUGCCGGGGAGGAGAGAACGCCACGGAGCCCGAGCAGUGCCCACCAAACUCCAGCGUCCCGCUCGGCCCCGUGUGCACGGGGGCGGAGCAACUGUGCCGCCUGGGCAUCAGGACGGACUCGUGGAGCCUCUGGAAGAACCACGUGGCGCUGGGCGGCAUGAUCCUCAUCCUGCUCACCAUCGCCUACCUCCGCCUGCGCUUUGUGCGCAAGUACACGUGACCGCCCGCUCACCCGUCUACUCACCCGUCUACUCACCCACCUGCUCACCCACCUGCUCACCCGUCUACUCACCCACCCACUCACCCACCAGUUCACCAGCCUACUCACCUGCCCGCUCACCCGUCUACUCACACGCCCACUCACGAGUCUACUCACCCACCCGCUCACCCGUCUACUCACCGGUCUACUCACCCACCCGCUCACCCGUCCACUCACCUGUCCACUCACCUGCCCGCUCACCAACCCGCUCACCAGUCUACUCACCCACCAGUUCACCCGCCCACCUACCCACUCACCCACCCACCCACCCACUCACCCACCCGCCCACUCACCCGCCCACUCACCCGUCUACUUCCUCAACACGCUCUCCCAACGAUCCACAUGCCACAGAGAAGCAUGGCGUUUGUAUCAAAUGAUAAACGCCACAUAUAAACGCCAUAAUUGUGCGUACGUGCGUAUGUACCGUGUAUAUAUACGGGAGAGCGAGGAGUGUACGCAAUGUAUCUCUCACGAGAUCACCGCUGCGUUUGUUGUUUGCUGAUGAGCUCGAAGCGCGAGGGCCGUUUGUCAUCAGCGUCGUUUUCGUCGCACAAAAGGGGGGCGAUCGCGAAGGUGCCGCAUUUCGCACGGGAGCAGGGACGCCGCGGUGGCGAGGAGACGUCAACGACCUCGCCUGGUGUGCAAGAGGUCGCGAGUUUAAACCCAACCCUGACGCCUGCCUGUAUAUUUGGAGUUGGCACGUUCUCCCCGUGGACACGUGGAUUUUUCUCCGGGUCCUCCGGUUUUUCCCUCCACGUUUAGAAUGACGCGUUUAAAGUAUUUGGCUCCUAUCAAUGUCCACGCGAUAAGCCACUUCGUUGGGCUAUCAUAUGUGAUAGCCAGGUCGCUUCUGAAAAAGAGCUAUGCAGGUCUGUGGGCCUUACCUGGUAAAUUAAAAAUUAGUUAAAUAGUUAAUAAGAGCCUGCAAAUUGAGGAACUUACCAACGUUGGACCAGGAUGCCGGCACGCAUGUGUAAUGUGAGGUUAUAUCCGGGUCGUUGACGGAUUACAACUCAUCACGAUGAUUGGCUCUGGCGGUCCUGGUCCAUAGCCAAUGGGGGGAAGCCUAGGGGUGUGGUUCUGACGUAAUGGAAAGGUGACAGCUGUUUAUAGAGGAUUGGUUCUGCUGGCUUUAGCCACAGCCAAUGGGGAGACGAGUCAGGGGCGUGGUCCCGGGAGCCAACGGUGGAGUCUGGAAGAUUCCAUAGAGGCUAACCAGGAUUGGUGGAAACGUACCACGUGACCCGGGUAUUAAAUAGGGGUGGAGACGAACAACACGUGGUCAGAACUGGAACAAACGAGGGGGAGAUGCCACGCGAGAGCGGGGGUCCAGGCUGCCACGUGGUCCAGGCUGCCACGUGGUCCAGGCUGCCACGUGGCUGCGCGCGUCUCUCUCUUUCUAUCCCUCUCACGCUGUCUGUCAGCAGCGUGAAGGAGUGUUGUAAUGAACGACGAAUAAAGACCGGAUUCCAGAA